AUGGCUGGGGGAGAUGGGGAGGACCAGGAAGGUACAGGUACCCGCGGCCGCCCAUCUGCACCCCCGCGCCCCGUGGGGGCCGCCCCUAUCGGUCCCCUCACCGGUGGGGAUGAGGUGCUGAGCGCCCCCCGACACCCCUCCAGCUCAGGUGCGGUGACCCGCGGCUCCAGCAUCCCCUCCCCCUACGCGACCCAGAGAGGCCCCAGCUUCCAACCUCCCACCCUUGGCCCGCACACCUGGUCCAGGAUCACACAGCUCCAAAGGCAGCCCCCUCGCGGCGGCGGCGGCGGCGGCUCUCGGCUGGGGGCGAGCGAGUCGGCGCCCCUCCCGGGUGGGGAGGCGGCGGAGGCGGUGGGGCGGGGGCGGCGUCAGAGCUCCAGGGUCUGGGGCGAGGCGGAGCCCCCCGAGGCGGCGCCGGCUGCGGCCCGCAUCUCCCCCGCAGCUCCGCAGCCCCGACGGAGGUGGCACGUGUGCGCCCAGGCGACUUCCCAGCCCCCUCCGACGGCGGCGGCCGAGGGGUUAACGCGGCAGAAGAGGCGCCUCUGCAGCCCCCCGCCGCCCGGCGGCGCCACUCCCGGGCCCGCGCGGCCCCAUCCGCCGGGGCCUCCUCGGCAGACGGUGGGGAGGGGGCGCCGCAGCGCCGACAGCUCCCGCGCCGACGGCUUGGGCUCCCUGCAGUGGCCGCGGGGGGCUCGAGUGGGGGGCGGGCGGCGCAGCGCCUGGUGGGGGCGCGGCUGGAGGCGGGCACGGCGGCGUCGCGCCCCCGGGGCGGCCGGAAGGGGGGCGCCGGGCCGGGCCAGUGGGCACCGCAGGACGCGCGGACCGAGCCGGCGCCGGGUACCGGCAAUGACAAGCCGCUUGCUCGCCCCGCUCCCGGGCGCACCAGCUCUAGGAGGGGGACGGCGGGCGCGCGCAAAACCCGGGCCGGAGCCACCGCCCAGGACCGGAGUCCGCAACCUGCUCGGGCGCACAGAGGGCAGGCCCAAAAACCCGGGCUGGAGUUUUCUCCCCUUCACUUCUUCCAGCACCUCUGGAAAAGCGGGAUGGAGGGAAGGCGACGUGCUGGAUAUCAGCGUCGGAACGGGGAGUGGGGGAGGGGAGACGGGUGCAAGUAAGACUCGGGGCGGAUUUUUCCGGCUGGGAAGUAAAGGAGAGGCGUAGAGUCCAGAGAGGGGAGAAAUGGGGAAAUCUGGAAGGGGUAUGCAAAACCCGGGUUGGAUUAGACAGAAGGGAUGAAAGAGGAGGUGGGAAGCUUCGACUGGGCCAAAUGUACCCGGGGGCACGCAAUUUUCGGGCCGGAUCCUUCCUCGGGAGAUGGAGUAAUGCGUCAUGCUUAAUGCAGUGGGAACAAGUAAGACCCGGUCUGUUAUUUCCGGACCUGGGCUCGCGGGGGGCUCAGGAAGGCGGCGUAGGUUGCCCCCAUCUUCCUGGCAGCGACGUGCAAGGGGGAGGGGCAAAAGGAGGGCUGGACUACGGCACGAGGGGAUCCGGAGCGCUGGUUGCACCGGAGGGGAAAGGUAAAAGCGGUUUCAGGAUCCAAGGGCGAUAUGCCUGGCAAGCGACGAGGAGGCCGCUACCCUGGGAGACCAGACCUACAAUAAAAGACGAGGGAGGGCCGCAAAGCCAGGACUGGAGUAUGCCGGACAGGACAAGACCCUAGCAGAAGAUCCCGGGCACCCAGACAAGGGCUUGGAGCUGACCAGGCAGCAGAGACGGAGGGGAGUGUUAAGAGGAGGACUCCAUGGCUCCAGUGCUGGGGCCUUGAAUCUGGGUGGCCAGGCCAGACGGUGGGAUCUGAUGGACCAAAUGCGAAUGCAGAGGUUGGUAGGUGCAGAAAAGAUCCUAUUCAUCUGUUUGGCCACAAAUCUAUCAAUUACUGGGUGGGGGUGUCCCGCCUCUCCGCACCUUAGUUUCCCACUUUGAGCUAUAUCCACAGCACCUGGUAGGACUCAUGGAAGACCUUGGGGGUGCUGGAGAGUGGGGAUGGUGCUUCAGAGGGCACCCAGGACACCCUCCCCCCACAUCCAGACAGCCAGCUUUCUAUAAACCCAGAAGGAUUGAAAGAGGGGAAAGCUGGGCACCUUCAGAGCCCUCUGGCUCCAAACCUCCCAUCUCCCCACCCUCCCGAUGUGCGCAGCCCAUCCACCUCCCCAUGCAGACCCUAGGAUCCUAUGAGUUUGCCUAGGAGGUGGUUCUAACUUGUUCUCCAGAAGCUGCGAGAAGGGAUGGCUUUUACUUAUAUGAGGGGAAGGGGUGGCACACUGUAAGGGCCCCAAGACUCAGUUUGGAAAAAUCCCUACCAGGAUCCCCUCCCAGCCCCUCUUCUGUCUCCCAACGCCCCGCGGUCUGCGCAGCGCCCGUGGUCAGCGCAGCGCCCCUGGUCACGGCUGGGAUCGAUUCGCCAGCCUCCAUUCCAUCUCGGUCUCUGGCCUCGUGGGCGGGGGGCGCAGGAGGCGAAGAAUGGGGACAGGAUGGGGGAGCAAAAGAGCCGCAGAACCCCCGCUUCGAGACCCUCGGCUGCGCAGCCGCAGUGGAAGCCAAGCCAGCAGCCAGGAUCCGAGAACCAGCGCGUUCGCGCGCGCGCAGUCUUGCCUGGGCGCCGCGUGCCCAGCUCCGCUCAGGCUGGUACUCGCGCUCCGGACGCCCUGCUCCCACCCCGGUCGCUCUUCACUUCGCGCACCCUACCUUGCGCCCCCAGACUCCCCCGCCCAGCGUGCCCCGCACCUUGGAUACCCCACGUCCUUUGAACACUGUGUCUGGACACCCCGCCUUCUGGGCACCCCAUGCCAGAAAACCCCCACACCCAGGAUUCCCGCGCCUAGGACACCCAUGUUUGAUCCUCCGCGUCUUGGGGCCCCUAUAUGCUAUGCACCUAUCACCUGGGGCACCCCGACCUCAGACACUACUCUGCUCACCUGUGCCCUCUGCCCUUGCCCUUCAUGUGUUAGCCCACUGCCUCUGGCCCCUACGCUGAUGCUCCUGGGUGCUGCGCUCCUCCACCCUCCCCUGUCCCCAGUAUUUUGCGGCCUUUGCCUCAGGCCUCGCUCCCUGGUUCUGAGUGUCCUGCCUCAGGCCCUUUAGGUCCUGCAAAGGAGGAUUAAGGUGGGGAGGGGAGAGAAACACGUUUCUGGACUCUGGGGAACCAGGGCAACGCCCAGGCCUCCAUUUCAUCAUUCAGUUCAUGUAUUCACUUCUUCCAUUUCUUCCUCACAGAGCGCCCGCAGGUACCCUUAGGACUGUCAUACUGGGCAUUGAGAAUGCCUAGUGCCCCACAAUCAAGACUAGAAACCCUCUCAGGAACCUCCUGAUAGGCAGACACAGAAGGCACAACAGAAUUAGCCCUAGAAAAUUAGUAGGGUGCUAGGGGAGUGGAUGAUGGACCUGUCCGAGUCUUGAGGGGUGGGCCAGCGGGGGUUCUGUGUGCCCCUGGCCCUCCUGGAGCCUCUCUGUAUCCCCACCUUAGGCAAUGUCUGAGCCCCAUCCUGUCCUACACCCUUACCCAAGUGAAAAGCAAGGUAAAGAGGUCUCAGCAUUGGGCUGGGAGGAUAGAGUGGGGGUGAGAAUUCAUCCUAAUUGCUGUCUUUGUGGAGGGAACCAUUCAGUCAAUCGACAAACAUUUAUUGGGCACCUACUGUGCACCAGGCACUGUGCUUGGUGUGGGAACACAGCAGUGAGCAAGGCAAAAAAGAUCCUCUGUUCUUGGGGCUGAUGUUCUAAUCAGGAAAGGAGAUAAGAAAUCAGACAAAUGGAAGAUACAGAAUGUCAGAUGCUGCUAAGUACUAUGCAAGAAAAUUAAGGAAGGAAGACGGAGGGCAUGGUGAUGCCUGCAAUUUAGAUAAAGGUAGUAUUUGUAUAAAGACCUGAGGCCACCAGGUAGGAGUCAAGGGGGGACUGGGGGAAGGGCAUUCCAGGAAGAGGAAAUAUCCUGUGCAAAUGUCCUAAAGCAGAAAUGUGCUGGGUGUUCAAAGGUGCUUGUGUGGCUGGAGGGAGUGAGUGAGGGGGGAAGAAGUUUUGAGCAGGGAGGUGAUAGGGCAGAUUGUGCCGGCCUGUUGUAUUUGGGAAGGACUUGGGCUUUUGCUCUGAGUGAGGUGGGAGCCACGGAGGGUUCUUGAGCAGAGGAGUGACAUGUUCUGACUUAGAUGUUCACAGGCACUCUCUGGCCACUGUAGGGAAACAGAGUGUGGAAGUCAAGAGCAGAAGCUAGGAGACAGGGAGAAGGUGACUGCAUUGGUCCAGGUGAUCAAUGUUGGUAGUAGUGACAGUGAAGGUGAGCAGUGGGUGGUUCUGGCUGUAUUCUGAGGAUGGAGCAGAUAGAUUGGAAGUGGGAUGUGAGGGAAAGAGGCAAGUCAAAACUUGUGGCCUGAACAUCUAGAAGGAUGGAGACCGUGGAGGGAGGGGUAGUAUUGAAGGUUAAAUCCAGGAGUUACCUUUGAUUUAAUAGAUGUUCAAAUGGAGAUGUCAAGUGAUGACUGGAGAAAGGCCCAGGUUAGCUGAGCAAUGGUCCAAGUUAACAUUGACAGUCUCAUUUACUCUUUAUGAUUACCCCGUGGGGUGGGUACUUUCUCCCUAGGUUACAGAGGGGAAACUGAGGCUCCAUAACUCACCCAAAUAGUUAAAACACAGGUUUUGAGCCAAGCCUGUCUGGCCCUUGGACUUGGUCACUUGGAGUCACUACCCGGCUGUGCAGGAGAUAAAGGAAUAGGGUUAUGGGGUUGGCAGUUGUGCAGCUCCCAGCGUCCCUCCUGCUCAUCGAUUCAUCCUCAAACACCUAUGAUGGGAGGAGGGAAUACCAGGCUUGCCAAAGCUGGCAUUAGGGUGAGGGGAGUGAGGCGCUUCCUGGGCCACAAAAUUUAAGAGGACGCCAAAAAACUCAGUGAUCAAGAGAAAUAAAUUGCAAUGUAAUAUUUAAGAAACACAAAAUUCAUGCCAAAAACCCACGAUGACUAAAAUAAUCAACUUUUAAAAUAAAGCAGGAUCAGUAAGAAUGCCAUGUGGAGACACAUUGGAACCUGAAGGAAAGAGAAAGCCAGGAAUACUGAUGCUGUCUUUUUUUUUUUUAAGAUUUUUAU